CUAUCCACGGACGUCAUCACGUUAGUAUUCUGUUGACGUGGCGUAGCUAAACAAACGAACGCCAGUAAACCGGGGGAAGAAUGGAUGUGGCUUAGGUCGUCGACGGAAAAGUGCUCAUGUUUUCAGUGAAAAAUGACUGGGAGAAGCCAGCACUAUGGUUUCCAGUCAGCCACGACGAUGCAGCCUGCCAAUGGAGGACAUGCCUACCUAUUUGGGAACAGCGCUGAGAACGAUCUUGCUGAGGAGGAUGGAGAGAGCUACGAGCUGCGCACCCGAGGCCGGGACCGGAGGAGCACCUCCAGGGAGAAGUCAGACGACAUUGUCCACCUGGUCCGAGACAUUAAAGAAGGGGACACUCUGAAUAGCUUCUCCCUGCAGUACCACUGCUCAGUAGCAGACAUCAAGAGGGCCAACAACCUGUUGACAGAGCAGAACUUCUUUGCGCUGAGAUCCAUCAAGAUCCCUGUGAAACGUUUCAGCGUGCUGACAGAGACCCACAACACUGCUCCUCUCAAAGCUGCUUCCCACACAGGCCACCGACGCAUCCACCAGCCCCCCAUCUCCACAGAGACUUGCACAGACUCCUCCUCCUCGUCCACAGACAGUGUGGGCAGCUUCCUGCAGGAGAAGGACAAGGACAUUGAGCUGCUGGUCAAGUCCACUGGCACCUCCAGAAGCAGCCUGAACGAGGUGGUCUCCUCCCUGACCCUCCAGCAGCCCUUAUUACUGGGGGAGCCUGACUUCAAGCCUAUCCUCAGGAAGGACCCCUACCAUGGGGCAGACUGGGGCAUGAGGUGGUGGAUGGCGGUGGCCAUCAUGGUGGUGGUUGGCAUCGUCACACCAGUGUUCUACCUGCUGUAUUACGAGGUGCUGAUGAAGGUGGAUGUGAGCCAUCACACCACCACGCCAUUGGCCAACCCAAAUGGCAUGCAGAAUGCCCAGAUGCCUGAGCCUGUGGCAAUCAAUGGAGGGCCCAACUCAAGACCCCACGCUGGAAACGUACCUAAACCAGACUCACAUGGACACAAUGAUGUGGAUGACCACCUUGGCCCCAAGAAAGAGAAAACGUAGUGAGGAGGUACCCAACUGCUUAUUGUCCCCCUUGUCAGCUGUUGGAACUGUUUCUGUAACGCUGUCUAAAGGGUUUGAGGGUUUGUGCUAUCUGGGAUCCUUGGGAUGUCCCUACCCCCUUAACCCCUACGUUACCAUAUGAGGUUUCAACUUUAAUGGGUUGAUGUCAGUUGGACAUCCCAAUGACCCUGUCUGUCUAAAGUGAGGGUUAUUUUCCUGGUCAGAAAAGUACUGAUUGCUGCCACUUAUCAAUGACAGUAAUUUGAGGAAUAUUGGUCUUAUAUUUUUAGUAUUGUCUAAAAUGUGUUACAAAUCUUGAACAUUGCUUGUAUAUUUUUUUUGCCUGUCUAGGGAGAACUGCAUUUUGACUCAAACUAUAUUUCUACUUAGGGCAUGGUGACAAAACAGGAAAUGCACAAUAUUCCCAAACACUAGCUAGCUAUAUUCUAGUGAAAUGUUAUUUUAGUUCCUUUUCCUCAUGUCCAUUUCAUAAAAUCAUGUAACAAACAGUAUGUGCCUUCAACUUGUGGGACACUACAAAAGGCUGAAAAAUUAGUAUAUUUUGAAUAAAUUAUUGGUCAGACUUUGCAUGUUUGUUUAAUUUGUUUAUACACUUAUUUACAACAGAGCCACUUACAGUAUUUAAACUCAAACUCACUUCAAAUCACACAAGCACAUCUUGAUGAUUCUCACAUUGUAAAUGUAGGUUCAAACAAAAUAUGUGAACUUGAUGACAGUGUUAGUCAUAUAGCCAACAGCUAUUUGGUAAACAAUAAAUCAUGAUUUGCAGGGGGAAAUGCAUUUGGAAGAGUGACAGUCAACAUUCUUCUGGCUUUUUAAAUACUGUAUGCUCUUGAGAUAACAUACAUACAGUUGGGGUUAAUAUGUGGCUCCUUCAUCCAUGUUCUCGUCACUGCCAGCACCAAAAUCAUCACCAUCUUCAAAGUAGCUGGCAAUGUAGUCAUUUUCCUACAAAAAGGCAAGUGUUAAUUGUGACAUUCCCCAUUGGUGUGUGAAUGCCCUUAUGUAACUGUAGUCGGCUGGUAUUUUGGAUACAGUAAUUGCAGAAUAACUGCAGUUACACAUGACUGUAAACCACUUAUUUUGGAUGCAAUAUUUUCAGCAUUUUGCAAUUGGACUGCAAUCUUUUUUAGUAAGGGUGCUAUGUGCAUAGGUACUUCCGGAGACACCUGAAACCCCACCUCUUUCAGGAAUACCUAGGAUAGGAUAAAGUAAUCCUUCUCACCCCCCCCCCCCCCCUAAAAGAUUUAGAUGCACUAUUGUAAAGUGGCUGUUCCACUGGAUGUCUUAAGGUGAACGCACCAAUUUGUAAGUCGCUCUGGAUAAGAGCGUCUGCUAAAUGACUUAAAUGUUAUGUUAAAUGUACUUGAGCUAUUACAUUUGUCAUUUAUACUGAACAAAAAUAUAAAACGCAACAUGAAGUGUUGGUCCCAUGUUUCAUGAGCUGAAAUAAAAUAUCCCAGAAAUAUUC